UUUAUUUUCAUUUAAUUUCAAGAUGUAUAAGUCUAAGACAUUGAAGUAUAGACUAAUUGAUAGAUAAUAGUUCUAACCAAUAGUUGUCAUAAGAGAUAGAUACAAGACAUACAAAUAGAAAGUCACGAUCAAAAAUGGUGCUACCUGCUCAACUACAAAACAAUUUAACUCCAUCAGAAGUUAACUUUCUAGCUGAGAAUGAAUUGGUUACUAUUCUUCCUAGAUAUACCAUGCAAAAGAUGCAACUUAUAGGAACCAAAGUUCCAGCAUUAAGAGCCAUGAGAAGAGAACUGGUUCCAUUAUGGGUAGCACUAAUCCUUAAAUCCCAAGAUAAAUGCAGUAUAAUACCGCCUAAAUGGUUAAAUGUAGCAUAUCUUAAAGAUAAAUAUGAUGAAGAAGUUAGGAAGCCAAAUCAAUUCAGUGCCUUACCUUGGAAUUGGCUUGAAAUAUCAAAAAUGUUAUUAGCUCGUGCUUCAGAUGAUCUUAGUGAUCCAUCUCAUUUAUUAAGAUCCGUGUUACAAGAUUUAAGAGAAAUACGGUUAGUUAAAUCAAGAAAAGGUUUGAAGGAGUUAAAUGAAUCAAAUAUUGUAUUGAAUGGACUUUCUUUACUAGAAAUCAAUGAAUUAAGACCAUUCGUAUUGACUGUGAUGAAUAAACUAAGACAACUUCAUGAUACUAGUAAUGCCCAAGAUAUUGCUGAUCAAGAUGAAUACGAAGAUGGUGGUUAUGACGAUGAUGAUGACGAUGAUAUAUAAGUUAGGUCUAUCUUAAUGGUCUAGAUUAAUUUGAACGCCUUGAUGAUUCACCUUGCUGUAUGCCGGAUUUUGCUCCACACGUUAUGAC